AUGUCUAGUGCAGAUGCUCAGGACCGAUUAAAGCUAUAUAAAUUCACUAAAAUAUUGACUUUAAAAAUUGCGCAAAUUGUAGUGCAAAGUCGACAAGGGAGAAAAAUUGUUCAUCUGUACAACACUACUAAAUCAUCAGAUGAUAAUGUAAUAUGUGAUACAACAUGUACACCAAAUAAUUUACAAUGGUUUAAUCUUUCAAUACCAGACGUACCAGAUGUAAACAAUGACACGAAACGUGUUCUAAAUGGUGAGGUCAUACAAGCACUCUCAAAUGUCCUCUGUAUUGAAAUAUCCUUACAUACAAAUGAUGGAGAUGACAUGGUAUUGGAGUUUUGGACUGUAAAAAUAGGUCCUCUUCAUGAUGCAACCAUUACUUCCAUAUCCACUAUAUACUAUAGAAUGAGUAUAAUGUUAAAAUCAACCUUGAGCAUAUCUAGAAUAACACCAGCAUAUAAAAUGUCUCGCUUGCAAAACAAAGAUUGCUAUCAAAUCUCACAUAAAAUAUAUGGUGGCCAGCCAAAUUUGGACCUUCUUGGUAAGAAGUAUAAAAAUAUAAAGGUUGGUAAAUUGCACAUGCCAAUAGGUACUGUAGAAAUUGAGGUUUCAUAUAGAACUGAAAUGACUAUUUUGCCAGAACCUAGAAGUAGGGUACCAAGCUAUGGUGAAGUUCAAAAUAUAUCCAAUAGUGACAUAAUGGUCAAAAGUGACCAUUUUCCAAAGGAAAUUCCUAGGAAAACUAACUGUGAUAAGAAAAAAGUUGACCUUUCAAAACCCUUAACAGCUGGUGCCUUUGUAGAUACCAUAAAACUAAGGGAAUUACAUGAUGCAUUAUAUCAACAAUUACCACCCGCACCACCAAUGGAGUGGCUUUUAGCCGAAAAAGAUAAAAUGGAAAAAAAGAUAAACUUGUCAAUGGCUGAUGCUCUCUCAAAGCCCGGUCCUAGUUCUGAAGCUGAACCUACAUUAGCUCCAGAUGCAAGCAAAGCUGUUGAAGUGCCUAAGUGCAAGGAUAACAAAUAUGCCAGUCUAAUGGAUUUCCCAUUUGCUGAUGGCAGCCCAAUAACCGAACUGGCCAAUUUCUACCAAGAAUGUUUACAAGCGCGUUCAGCCAGCGAGGCGUGGACGAAUGAAUCCAUAUCAACCGAUUCAGAGAGCCUUUCACAGCAACUCAAAAUGUAUGAAGAGGCAGUGCCCGAGUUUGACAGUAUGGUGGAGUCUAUGUUCAGUAAUACUGAAUACGGGUCUGAUCACACCUAA